AUGGGCGUCUCGUUUGACGAGCUCAAAACCGCAUUCCACUAUCACAGGCUUGAGGCUUGUCGCUGGGUCAGUCAGCAGUUGGAGGAUCCAAAGAAGGCGAAGAGCGAGGCUACCAUUGCCACUAUCACUACUCUGGCGCUCCUCGAAGCAUGCUUUUUCGACUGCAUCGGCUUCGACAUGCGCCUAUUGGACACGCAUGUCAAGGGAAUGCAGAGGGCCCUGAAGUACAAGCCAGGAAAGACCAAGGAUAACCCUCUUCAGAGUUUGACGCGGAUGAUGGUGAAAGACAUCAAGGAGGGUCCCAUCAGUAUCCAAUGGGUCCCUUUCACGAAACUGCAUCGACCCAUCGUCGAGGCGGUAUCCUACCCUCAAAAGAUCCAUCCAAGGUGGCUCACCCAACCAGACUGGCAAUACCGUAGCCAGGCCACGGGCCACGAAUGGCGAGCUGAGCUCGGCCACAUGGGAAAGCCAGAGGGUAUCCGAUAUUUCGAAGUACGGAGCCAGACCGCCUUCAUCAUGUCUUCGUUCUACAUCUUCAUACGGAUUCCUUGGAGUGUUCUGAGUUCCUACGUGUUGAACUGGGUGAUCGAGCUCUUCUUCGGCGUCAUCGUCAAGACGGAGCCCGGUGUGUUUGGCAACGUCUCUGGCUACAAGAGUUGGCAGCGGCAGUUCAGUUGUCUUGAUGCCUCUGGCGCGCCGCCCGAGCCAUACGACGCAAAGGACUGGUUCUGGAUGUGCAUCUACUGCGCGGCGGCUGUUGACAGUGCGCUCCCGCGGAACAAGAAGGAGGAGGCGCAGAAAGAGCUCUACAAGAAAGCCAUCGGUCAGAAUCUGCGGCGCGUCAGCGACCUAUUGCAGCUGACAAGCUGGGACGACGCGAUCAAGGCUUUGCAACAUGUCAAGUGGGAUACAGGCUUUGACGGUGAAGCACGGAUCAAAACUAUAUGGCAGGAUGCUGUGUUUGCAGAGCCUACCGACACUUCACCUAAGGAGGCAGUCAUCGCGAGCUGA